CAGAGGGACCGGGCCCGGGGCCUGGAGUUGAGGGAGCCGGGAGAAUGGGACUGGGAACUGGAGAGUUAGGUAGAGAGGGACCUGGGUCUUGGACAGAGGGGUCGGUCCCUGGGGUGGAGAGACCGGGGAGAGAGGGAGCGGAGGGGGAAGCUUGGUCUCCGGCCCCGGGUGACGGUGCAGAUGUGCAGCGGAUUGAGGAGCGCUGGCGGCGGCUGCUGUGUCGAUGUGAGCCGGCCCUGAUCUACCUGCAGAGCCUGUUGGUGUGGGAGCGGCCGCUGCAAAGCGGCCUGAUGCUUCUCGGUCUCUCCGGCCUCUUCUGGUUGUUUUCCUCUACCUCACUGCGUCCAAUCUUCCUGAUUAGCUUGUCAGCAUUGGCCAUUGUAUUCCUGGACCAUUGGAAGAGCGAGUUGUUACCCCAUGUUGCUGUUCAGCGCCUUGUGGAUGAAGGUGAGAGUGAUGGAAACUCCAUAAAGCCUCGUCUCCUCAGGCUGCCUGACCUAUGCCAUUAUCUUGCUGAAAGCUGUGUGGCCUUUAACCUCUACCUGAAGGAAGCUCUCGAGUACAAGAAACAGAACCCAGGCAAGUUCUGUCUGAAGACGUGUCUUGGAUGCUCAGCAUUGGCUGCAAUUGGACAUUAUAUCCCAGGAAUUAUGAUAUCCUACAUCUUCAUACUGAGCCUGCUUCUGUGGCCUUUGGUGGUUUACCAUGAGCUUAUUCAGAAGAUGUACACAGGCCUGGAGCCUGUGUUGAUGAAGCUGGAUUACAGCAUGAAGGGUGGCACCCAGCCCCGACAGAGGGACAGGAAGAAGAAAGCAAUAGUGAAAUCGGAGAGCUGUGAUGAACCGACAGCAGAAACUGAGAGUGAGAGUGAAGCUGAGCUUUCCUGCUUUAAUUCCAAGGUCGAUGUCAGGACAACCGCUCUGGCUUUGGCAAUCACCGACUCUGAGUUGUCAGAUGAAGAGGCUUCCAUUCUGGAAAGUGGAGGAUUCUCAAUGUCCCGGGGAGCAACACCACAACUAACAGAUGUAUCAGAAGAUCUGGACCAGCAGAGCCUGCAUAGUGAGCCAGAAGAAGCUUUUGUGAAAGACCUGCCGGAGUUUCCCUCGGUGGAGGACUUAUCUGGUGAUGGAACUCCCUCUCAGAUCUCGACAGGGUUAUCACCAGAGACCUGUAGUACUCAGGACUCUCAAUUCUUCGUUCAGACACUGAGCUCCCCUCUGCACUUUGUAAAUACACAUUUCAAUGGGAACGGGGCAACAAUGAACAUGCCAAAGACUGGCCAAGCCUCUGCUCUAAGCUUGACUCUAGAGGCCUUCAGUGAGGAGAUUGUAACCUCAGCGAUUACCACAGUGGUUCAGAAUACACUGAGCGCCCUGCUUUCUAACCCGCUGACAGGAGACCAGUCUGAGAGCUCAGAAUUUCUUUCUACUGAAUCACAGCAGGACCUCUCCCAGGCAGGAUUGAUGGAAUUGAACCUGACAGAGGUAGAAUCUCAUGACGAAGUGGAUGAUUUUGAGGUGCUGGACCAGGGGGAGUUGGAUCAGCUGGACACGGAGCUUGGGCUAAAUGAGCAGCUCCAGCAGGUGCAAAAAGGACAGAGUGUGUCACAAGUUACAGAAGCUGAGCUACUAAGGCAGAGUUAGUGGCAGCAGCUAGCCUGUAGAUUACUGGGUUAGUUAGAAAGGCCUCAUAUGUCCCUCAUUGUGUGGCAUUGCACUUCCCCUGAAUUCAUACCUAGACCCUCAAUGUGUGUGGUACUGCCAUCUACCGAGCCCUUUUCCUUAGUGCACAGUGCUAUUGCAUCUCAGUCCCUCGUCCAAAGAGCCUGUUCAAUGGGUAUGCAAUCUCACAGAAGCCCGUCUUCAUUACAUGAACAACAAUGUUAACAUAGUACUAAGCACAUUAAAAUUAUUCACUAGGCUUUCUUCACUUGAUUAUUGCUUUGUCGGAUGUGGUACCUAACACCACACAAUCUGAAAGACCCAGAAUGCAUCUCCUGCCUGUGCUGAAUGAACCGAUCUGACUCAAUGUGGUGCUAAUCCAUAUGCACACAUAUUUGCUGAUCCCACCUUGUGUGGCAGUGAGAGAUCUAACUGAUCUCAACUGCCCUGGUUAAGAAGGUGAUGAUACCUGUGCGAUGUUCAAAGAGUGCAAAAGAAUGACUUGCAUCCUUAUACUCCUGUUUUGGUCUCAAGAUGUCGGGCAAAGAAUAUUUACAGGCAAUGAAGCACUUCUGAAAGGUAGUCAUUAUUGUAAUAUAGGAAAUAUGGGAACCAAUUCGGAAAGAAGAUCCUACAGCAGGAAUAUGCUAAUGCCCACUAUUGUGUUUUCGUGAAGUUGGUCAAGGGUUGAGUAUUGGAAGACCUUGUCUAUUUAAAGAAGAUCUUCCACAUCUAGUUGUGAGAGCAGGUCUAAAAGACAGCACCUCUAACAAUGCAGCUCUUCCAUUGUAGAUGCUAAGGUGCAACUGCUUGCAGGUGUUUUCAAGAUUAAAAAAUGAGGUCUGCAGAUGCUGGAGAAUCUCAGGAAUAUUCCUGAUGAAGGGCUUAUGCUCGAAACGUCGAAUUCUCUAUUCCUGAGAUGCUGCCUGGCCUGCUGUGCUUUGACCAGCAACACAUUUGCAGCGGUGUUUUCAAGAUGUUGAGAAAUCGGAGAUUUCAUGACCAAAAUUAUGCUGAAAGUACUUCACCAAUGAUCUGUAAAGGUGUAUCAUGACUUUCUUAUUCAUUUAUUCAGCACUUGUGCUUACAAAGCUGCAUCUCCAAUACACUUACUUCAACAUCCUUAUUAACUUAUCCUAUCACUUUGAAAGAUUUGCGAGUAUUUUUCCCAGGUCUCUUUUGGCUUAUCAAAAUGGGGCCAUUUAGACUUGACUACAUUUCCAAGUUUCCAAACUUCACACUCAUUGUAUUAAACUGUGUAUGCCAUGUGUCAGCCCAUUUCACCAUUCCCUACGUCCUUCUGAAACCUCUUGUCCCACUCACUAUUUACUACAUUGCAAACUUUUAUACCAUCUGUAAACUAAAACUGCACAUCCUACAUGCAAAUCCAGACCAUUUUCAUAUCAAUUAUGAAAAGUAAUGUAAGUCCAAUUCUCAUUCUUAAACUCCCCUAGAUCAGCGACCAAUGAUUCACAUUCUCUGGAGUAGCAGGUAAGGGAUGCUGUAACUGGAACAAAGAAAUGGGGGACAUGCAGAUAGAGCCUCUUUGUUCAAAUGGGGAGAGGAAUGAACAGAAUUUACAGUUUAGGUAGUUUAGUGCCAGUGGCAAAGCAGUUAAAGAAAAUAAUCUGGAAAAAUAUUGGUUAGUAAAUAAGAUGUUCCUAAUAUUGUUGAAGAUGGUGUUGAUUGAGCUUUUAACAGAAGUAGCAGAGUGGUUGAUGAUUAGUAGAGAAGUUGAGAUUUAAAUAUAUGGAUUUAAAAAUGCAAAGAGACUGAUCCCAGGAAGCAGUUUUGGAGGAGGGUUUGAGUGGGUUGUAUCUGCAAAACAGGCUCAAGACGAAUUGAUAGAGGCUGUUUUUCAGGUAGGGACUCCACCAGAAAAAUUCAUGGCUGACUUACAGUUUAGCACAUGUUCUACCUCACCUGCCUCUGUUAAAGCCUAUGUUUUUCACCAAAUGUUUGGUCAUGGGAACUCAUAGUUCCUUAUGUGGCUCUGUCUUAUUUUGUUUCAUGAUGCUACAGGAAACACCUUGGGACAGUUCAUCAGUUAAAGGUGUUAUGUAAAUAUAAGUUGUAGUUGUCAAUUGUCAAGUUCACAGGAGUUUGCAAAAGAUGGCUGUGUGAUCAGUGUCAGUGAUGGGGAUCUGGGUCUUACAAUUUCAAAGAUGAGUUUUACAAGUGAACAAUUAACUUCUUCUCCAGGUUGCAAAAGCACUUGAAUGUGGAAAAGGCAACAGCUAAAACUAGGGCCUAUAUUUUUUUUAAUCAACCUGUUCAGAGAUUUUAUUACAUACCUCUGGAGCAGAUGGGACUUGAACUCACAAGAAGGCCCCAGCUAAGACUGUCAUAUGCCCAGCUACUGAUUAAAAUAAUAAUCACAGUCCAAUUGGAAGAUUGGAGCCAUUAAUGUAAUCAAUGUUUAAGAGCAAUAAAGACAAAAAACUGUGGAUGCUGGAAAAUUGAAACAAACACAGUGCUGGAGAAACUCACCAGGUCUGACAGCAUCUGUGGAGAGAGAAACUGAGUUCACAUUUCAAGUCCAGUAUGACUUCUUCAAAAUUGACACUUAACAGCCAAUUAGUUACUGGCCUUCAUCACACAAAUAACUGGCUGUAUUCAAUCCCUGUUCCAGAUUUUUAACCUUUGAACUUGUUCACUGCUCUAGGAAGAGUACAAAAGCCAUGGAGGUGAUACAGGACCUUUAUAUCCUGAGACUUGGUAGGUUCUAAGCUGGACAAUCAUGGUCAGUCCUAAAUUCUGACCAGGAAGGAGGAUGUUAGAGUCUUGAAGAUGCUGCAGAGAAUAAUCAGAAUGGAACCAGGGAUGAACAACAUCAAAGAAUGUGGAGAGUCUGGCAUUGUUUCCUUACAGCAGGAAAGAUCAGAGGGGAUGGGCUAAUUGGGCUUAAUAGCUUUCAGGUGUCCUGGUCUAGGGUAGUUAGAGUGCAUUGUCCCCAUUGAAUACUGAGGAAAUAAAAUAUGGGGAGUCAAGAAAUGACAGAGGAGUGGCAGCAAUGGUUUGCAUCAGGUCUUCAUAGUUGAUGAGUAGGACUAAUAUUCCAAAUUUACUAAAUAUUCAAGGGGUGAGAGGAGAGUAAAUUAAUACAAUAAUUAUCACUAGAGAAAAAAGUCCUAGGGAAACUAAAGGGGUGAAGAUUGUUAAGUCCCCUGGACUUGAUAGGAUGCAACUGAGGCUAUUAAAGGAAGUAGCCUGGCUUGUCCUGAGCAAGGACCAUUCACUGUGUCAGUUCAAAACUUGCUAUUUGACAGAAGGGCUUGUCACAGAGGGCUUUUGAUGACUUCCCAUUGUUUCCCAUUCUUUGAUCCAAAAGAUAUCUGCUGGUAGAUAUUAAAAUGUGAAAAUGGUAGACAGAGUAAUCAAGGGCAAGAGUCAAGUGGGCUACAUACAAAGCAAAGUUAAAGUGAUUAAAAGUAGCAAAAACGCAAGCCUCAACGUUCUAGACAUUAGUGUAUAAAGCAUUCAGAACAAUAUAGACAAAUUGAUAACCCAAAUUGACCUCUAAUUCUAGAUUGUCUCAUAAGGAGAAAUCAAUCUCUUUAUGGAUACUUUCUCAAUCCCUUUAGCAUCUUAAUUAUCUCAAUUAGAUCACCUCUCAUUCUUCUAGACACAGGGAAUAUUAGCUUGAGCUGCUCAAUCUCUCUUCAUAAGACAACCCCCCCACUUCCCAGUAUCUGGAAUCAGUGUAGUAAAUCUCUGAACUACCUCCUGUGAAACUAUAUCCCUUGUCAAGUAAGGACACCUUACACAAUACUCCAGGUAUCCAUGUAGAUGUGCAGUUCUUUUUCAGCACUUUGACAGGAUCUGGUUUCGGAGAGAUUAAGUGUGAUGCACUAUGUCCAGCAGUAGUCUUUCAACUUUGUAAAACUUCUGUUGAGGAUCUGAACUGGGUGGAGAAGGAUGGAGCUUGGGUGACAUAAUAGCAUAGAUGAACUUGUGAGACAUAACUGUUGGCAAGUCAUUGGUGUAUAUAUUAAACAGCCUUGCCUUACUAGGCUUGUGGUGCAACAGUAGCGCAUCUAUGUGUAGGGCAGAAGAUUGUAUCUUAAAGUGAUGAUACUCAUGCUGAUUUAUUACAUCUCAAGAUCAGUGUAGUUUUGUGAUGUGUAAGUCAGGAAUGUGAUGGAAAACUUUGGAUGGGCUCCAACAACACUCAAGAAGCUUGACACUCUCCAUUAGCAUCACAUCCACCACCUUCAGCAUUCACUUCCUCCACCAUUGAUUCACAGUGGCAGUAAUGUGUAUCAUUUACAAAAUACAGUAGAGUAAUUGAUCAAGCUUCCUGUAAUAGCACCUUCAAACUGUUGACCUUUAUCAUCGAGACAGACAGUGACAGCAGAUUUGGUGGAACACCACAUCACUUGUAAAUCCCCUUCAAGUCAUUCUUGAUGCUGAAUUGAAAAUAUACCACCAUUCCUUCAGUGUCAUUGGGCCAGAAUCUUGGAACUCCCUCCCGAACAGCAUUGAACCCUAAAUGGUUCAAAAAUGCAUCCCUCCGCCAACUUUGCCAGGGCAAUUAAGGAUGGGCAAGAAGUACUGGCCAGGUCAGCAAAACUCGCACAAAUCCCUUGAACAAAUAAUAAAAAUACAGGUGCACAAAUCACUCUGGCCUCAUUUGAGAAUGCGGUUAAAGUAUAUUGUAUUUAUUAAUAGGGACAUCAAAAUAUAUUUUAUGCUAGCGGUAUUUCGAGGUAGGACAGAUGAGUUAAGGGUAUGAAUUGACACAUGGAAAUGUGGAGUUAUCAUUACAGUGACAUGGUUGAAAGAGGGAAGACUGGCAACUUAACAUUCCGAGGUAUAGGAUUUUCAGGCAGGACAGGGAGAUUGCAAAAGUGGAAGUGGUGUCGUAUUAUUAGAGUCAUUUACCACAGGAAGGAGGGAUGAUAUGUUGGAAGGGUCAUUAAAUGAGGCUUAGAACAUAGAAUAAUACAGUGCAGAACAGGCCCUUUGGCCCUCAAUUUUUUCGCCGACUUGUGAACUAUUCUCAGCUCGUACACUAUCCCAAAAUCAUCCGUGUGCUUAUCUAAGGAUUGUUUAAAUCUCCCUAACAUGGCUGAGUUGACUUCAUUAGCAGGUAGUGCAUUCCAUGCCCUUACCAUUCUCUGCAUAAAUAACCUGCCUCUGACAUCUGUCUGCUUUGUGGGUAGAAUUUAGGAAUAGAAAGGGGCAGUCAUACUGUUAGGCAUGUAUUAUAGGCCCACAAAAAGUGGGCAGUGGAGGUGCCAGGGUGGACAAAGUCAGAAGUUGCACAACACCAGGUUAUAGUCCAAUGGAUUUAUUUGAAAUCAUAAGCUUUCAGAGCACUGCAUCUUCGUCAAGUGAAGUGGAGGGAAACGCACAGGCACAGAAUAUAAGUUUUUGCGUAUAAAUUGAUGUGUUGGAUUUCAUUAGGAGACGGAUUGAAUUUAAGAGCUGUGAGGUUAUGCUGUAGCUCUUUAGAAUCCUAGUUAGACUGCACUUGGAAUAUUGUGUUCAGUUCUGGUCGCCUCAUUAAGCUUCAGAGAGAAUGCAGAGGAGGUUUACCGGGAUGCUGCCUGGACUGGAGGGCAAGUCUUAUGAAGAAAAGUUGAGGAAGCUAGGGCUUUUCUUAUUGGAGCGAAGCAGGGUGAAAGGUGACUUGAUAGAAUGGAUAGCCAGAUACAUUUUUCCAGGGCGGAAAUAUCUAUCACUAGGAGGCAUAAUUUUAAGGUGAUUAGAGGAAAAUAUAGGGAGAUGUCAGAGGUAAGUUCUUUGCACAGAGUGUGGUGGGUGUGUGGAAUGCAUUGCCAGUGGUGGUAGUAGAGGCAGAUACAUUAGGGACAUUUAAGCGACUCUUGGAUAGGCACAUGGAUGAUCAUAAAAUGAAGGGUAUGUAGGUUGGUUUUAUCUUUUGAGUAGGAUAAAAGGUCGGUACAACAUCAAGGGUCAAAGGGCCUGUACUGUGCUGUGUUCUAAAUUCUGUGCCUGUCUGCUUCCUACCACUUCACCUGACAAAGGUGCAGCACUCCAAAAGCCUGUGGUUUCAAAUAAACUGUUAGACUAUAACCUAG